AAAGCGGCGUCGUCCCGAGGCUCGUCUGACUGCCUCGCCGGUUACACCAAAAAGAUAAAUAAAUAAGAACUCGAUUAUUUAAAGUCCGCCCAUUUUCUGGGAGUGUGGACUCACUCAAAGCUUCCAUUGACGCUUGCUGGUUCUGAUCCCUCGCAUUUCCCUCUCUCUGAGUUGAAGGUCAGCAACAAUGUCAGAGAAUGCUCUUAGAGAUCUCAAUACAAUACUUGGAUCCGAGAGGAAGAAUGAAGACUCUAGCAAAGGGAAUAUAACUAAGCAUGUCGCUGCAAAUGCUAAUGAAAAUCAUGACGAAUGCCUGAAGAAAACCACCGCUUCGUUGGGUUCACUUUCAAUAAAUGGUGAGGAAGUUGCAAGUUCCGUACCCGAGGUUGGAAUUGCCGAAGUAGAAUACAUUGAGUCCAAGAAUCUGAAUGAUCUAGAAAAUGUGGAUACAAGUCUUAAGAUACUCUUAACAGGACUAGAAUCUAAAGAUUGGGUUCUGGUGUGUGAAGCGCUCAAUAAUGUGCGUCGAUUUUCUAUAUUUCAUAAGGAAGCCAUGCUUGAUAUGUUGGGAGAUGUGAUAUUGCUUGUGGUAAAGUCACUUAAGAAUCCAAGAAGUGCUGUUUGCAAAACUGCAAUUAUGACAUCUGCUGAUAUUUUCAAUGCAUAUGCUGAUCUUGUGAUUGAUUCAUUGGACCCUAUGCUUACACAACUUCUUCUAAAGUCUUCACAAGACAAACGAUUUGUAUGUGAGGCAGCUGAGAGAGCUUUAGUAGCGAUGACCACUUGGGUUUCCCCUACAUUGUUGUUACCCAAGUUGCAACCAUAUCUGAAGAACAGAAAUCCUAGAGUUCGAGCAAAGGCAUCAACGUGCUUUUGUCGAAGUGUUCCACGACUGGGUGUUGAAGGUAUUAAAGCAUAUGGGAUUGACAAAUUAAUUCAAAUUGCUGCAUCCCAGCUUAGUGACCAGCUUCCUGAGUCGAGGGAGGCUGCUCGGAUCCUCCUCCUGGAGCUGCAGACUGUUUACGAGAAAUUUGAUUAUCCCCCACCAGCAGCUGUGUCUGAACAUCCAGAAACGAGCUCAGCACCAGCGCCUGAGCUCUCAGAAACGAGCUCAUGGGAGAACUUUUGUCAGUCAAAACUCUCGCCUCUCAGUGCACAAGCUGUUCUUCGGGUUACCAAUAUAUCUCGGGAAGGUCUUGUUGUGGGCUCCUGACACAGGUUUAAAUUGAAACGCGCACGAGCUUUAGUAGCAUUAUAUCUCCAUUUUCAACAUAUAUGAGCUUUAGGAAGGCCUAUAUCUGCCCUUGAUUUGAUUUGCUUCGUCAAUUUCUCAUUUCAUUUUUUCGUGUUUGUAAAUUCUUCGAAAGGUUGAGAUGUUCGGUCUACAGUCGGAGCAUGUAGUUGAGCCAUAGUUCUACGAUAAUAUUCUUCACAGGUCAAGUUAUUACUGCCUGGCUUUGUUCCUUCAAUCGUUGCUGUUGAAAUGUUGAGAUGUUUCUUUUAUUCAAUCAUUUGCUGUCCAUCUGCUUACACGAUGACAGUGUUCCUUCCUCA